AUGUUUGGAAACAUUGACACGAAACGGAACUCGGUUCUGAUUCAACAUCUCUCGACGACAACGCCAACAGAUAGGAAUACCUGGGGUAGCGAUGAAACUAUCAAUAAGAGUGCCGGCGACGGUAUGGGGAGUUUACAAUAUGAUAAAAUGGCAGCAAGCUGGAACGCAAAUAUGUAUAUUGAUCCACAGGAGGGAAUACAGGCGCCGAGGUUUUGGUCUUUGGCACAACAUGCUAAAAAUAUGCUGGCACCCAGUAUUAAAACUCAGCUUGAAAAAGUAGCAGAAUCGGUAGCACGUUUAUGGAGUGUAUCCGAUCCGGAUUUAUUUGAAACUGGGUUUUUUGUGGGUCCACGUCUUUUUGUGUCAAGACUUCGUCAUGGAACAUUAAAAGCCGCAAACCUUGAAAAUAUGUCAGUGGCUGGUUAUGUGUCAACAGCUUCGUGGGGAGAAACAUGUCCACAAAGUGCCACGCCAGUAAAAUGUCUUUUGGCUAGUGAUUCCGCAGAUUUUGGUCUAUUUCUAGUCAUAGAUAAAAGUUUCCGUGCACCAAGUUAUCACGAGUUACCUGACCAAUCAUUGCAAGAUAUGUUGAAAUCACUUCAUUAUGGGGAUACAGUUGUUGCAAUCUCUUUCAAUGGAACACCGGAUAGAAAUCUACUGGAAGAACGUAAUGAUCAAAGAUAUGCCGAAGACAUCGUCCCAAUUCUCCAUCCGAACGCAAAAACCGUCGCAUCCGGAUAUAUCGUCGGACUACCAGCCAAAGACGACGAGUCAAAUGACUCGAAUUUUCGUAUCUCGUCGAGUUUAUGGGUCGGGUCGAGUGGCGGUCCUAUCUUCUUGUUGAGGGGCGGGUAUAUUCAAUUGAUUGGAAUGGUAUCACUCUACGCCGGAGACAGAGAAGGAAACGAUGCGGCGCUACUAUUCGAUUGGCAUUACAAUAGAAUGAAAGUGGCCAUUAAACGAGCUCAAGAACAGAAUUUGAUGGUAUGCUGUAAUGACGAAUUACCAGUAAUUCGAAAAAUAGAAUCAAAGCCGAAAAAGAAAAUACGAAAAGAUGUGAGAUUUGCACCGUUACCAAAACCUACUCCGCGAGUGAAAAUACCACCUCGAGAUGAAGAUGAUCCUUAUAAUCAGAACAUAAUUCAAUCUCCAACAACAAUAACGUCACCUGAUACAACGACAUUACUAACAAAUACUCCGAUAAGAAGACCUCCG